AUGGAUCGGCUCAAGAUGGUCAGGAAAUCUGGGAGAUCAGCCAUUACGAAGACGGUGAACGAGUUGACGGCUGAAGUUGAAAGAGAAAACCCAGGCUUAGUGGAACUGCAGGUCUUGCUCCAGCGUUUGGAAGUGAUAAGUGAGGAAGUGGAGGACUUGGACCAGAAAGUGCUCGGCUUGAUGUUGGAUGGUCCGUGUACUGAAGAAGAGUACGAAAAUGAGAAGACGACCAUCAUCGGAUACAAGGACAAGAUUUCAAGAGCAAAAAUCCGAGCAGGAAGAAUUCUGAAUAAAACUCCAAGUCCACCUCCAAGUUCGGCUGGAGGUUAUGUGUCAGUGUUUAGUGAUGCAGGAUCAGGAGGAACUCAAAAGCAAAAGCGAUUCAAGUUACCGAAAAUUGAGUUACCAAAGUUUGAUGGCGUUUUGCAGAAAUGGCUUGGAUGGUGGAGUCAAUUUGAGAAGAUACAUGAACAGGAGGACCUCCACGCCAGUGAUAAGUUUCAGUAUCUCAUCCAGGCUACUGAAAAUAAAUCUGAAGCAAGAGACAUUGUGGAAUCCUUCCCUCCCACGGGUGAUAAUUAUGAAUUGGCGAUAGCAGCCCUGAAGGAGCGUUACGGAAGAGAGGAUCUCCAACUACAAGUUUAUUUGAGGCAGUUAUUGGGACUCGUCAUCAACAACGCUGGAAAGAAAGAGAAAAUAGGAGUGGACAAGCUGUAUUUGAAGUUGGAGUCGGCGCUACGAUCCUUGAGGACCCUUAAUUUGAGCAAGGCCGACCCAUCCAUGUAUUUCUAUCCCCUCGUCGAGUCCAGCCUCCCAGAAGAGAUUUUGCGGGCUUGGCAAAGGAGUCCAAUGUCCCGAAUUGAUGACGGAAGUGUUGAGAAACUGGACAUGCUGAUGAAAUUCUUGAAAACUGAAGUACAAGGCGAGCAACAAAUUGCAUUAGCCCGAUCUGGCUUUUCUAAUGAACCCCAAAAGAAGCAAGAAAAUAAGAAGAAAGCCAGCAUCGCCCGAGAAGGGGAGGAUGUUCCCACCGCAGCAGGAUUGCACGAAGCCAAAGUGAAAGAUAAGGAGUGCAUAUUCUGUGGGAAGUCGAAUCACUCCAGCGCCGACUGUUAUCGAGCCCACUCCAUGUCUCUUGAAGAGAGAAGAAUUAAAGUUAAGGAUAGUCGAGCUUGCUACGUUUGCUUGCGCAAAGGUCAUGGAGCCAAGGUGUGUCGGUCUGCAGUGAAGUGCAAGAUGUGCUCAAGACGUCAUUAUAAUUUGAUGUGUCCAGAUUUGUCUCAACAACGACCAAGUUCUGAUAGUGGAAAUCAAUCGGUUGUCAAUCAAGCUUCAACAGAAACUUCGUCUUAUCAAUCAAGUAUCCAGUGUGAUGGCGAAGUACUGCUGAAGACCGUGCUGGUGCGAGUUCGGAACAACAAGGAGAGCAGAAUUGUACGGCUUCUAUUCGACGAAGGAAGUCAGAAGAGCUACGUGACCAGCUACAUCUCCAAUGGCAUCAAGAGUAAACCAGUUGGAGACGAGGUGGUGCGGAAUGUGAUGAUCGAUGGCUCCGUUACCAGCCCCCGGCGGUAUAAUAAACAUGAAAUGGAAUUGGUCAGCGUCGACGGGAAAGUUAAUAGGAAGUUACUGCUCAGGGAAAGGCCACAAAUCGGAGGAAUUCCACCGCGAGCAAGAGUUGGACCGUGGCUACAGCAACUUCAAAGAGACAGCAUAUUUAUCAGUGAUCAUUGUCAGACUCCACUUGAAAGGGCGGACAUCGACAUCCUUAUUGGUGGCGAUUACCGAGAGCAAUUGAUGACAGGAAGAAGAAUCGACCUCAAGUUUGGAUUGUUCGCAAUUGAGUCUGUGUUUGGAUGGAUGCUCUGCGGGCCGACCUGCAGCGUUGAUCAAAGUGCAACGGAGAUGGUCAUCCAUAGUUAUUUGUCGGGUGACAUCUCACAGUUAUGGGAUCUGGAGACGAUUGGGAUCCAAGAGAGUGCCACUAAGGUGUCACGUGAGGAGAACGACCUCCAGGUGAAAGAAACCUUCCAGAAGAAAGUUACCAGAGAUGAAGACGGAAGGUACGUGGUCAAGCUUCCCUGGAUUCACGAUGAUUUGAAAUUCACCAUCCCCGACAAUAAAUCAGUUUGUGAGAAGAGAUUGGUGUCAGCGACAAGAAAAUUGCAGAAUCAAGAACAGGAUCAAGUUUAUGCUGACAUUUUCAAGGGAUGGGAAUCAGAGAAGAUGAUUAAUCAGGUUCGAGAGAACAAUUCAGCGUCAGGGCAUUACCUCCCGCAUCGUCCAGUUUUUAAGCCAGAUAGUUUGACCACUCCCGUGAGGCCAGUAUUUGAUGCUUCAUGUAAAGUGGCCAGUUUCCCCUCUCUAAACCAGUGUCUCGAGAAAGGACCCAAUAUGUUGGAGCUCAUCCCGUCAAUUUUGUUGCGAUUUCGGGAGAAGAAAGUUGGCGUCAUCUCGGACAUAAGGAAAGCAUUCCAGAUGAUUGGGGUCGCAGAGGAAGAUCGCAAGUAUCAGCGGUUCUUAUGGUGGGAGGAUCUAGAUUACAACAUUUUGAAGAUUUACGAACACUGCCGUGUUGUAUUUGGGAUGACUUGCAGUCCUUUCAUCCUAGCCGCAGUUCUAGAUAUUCAUUUAAGUCAAGCACCCACAGAAUUAAUCAAGGUGGCUGAGUUGAUAAGAAAAUCCUUAUAUGUAGACAAUUGUGUCCUCUCCUUCAACCAUAAAGAAGAUUACAUGGCGUUCAAGGAAUCUUCAGUUGAAAUAAUGGCCGAUGCGAAGAUGGAACUGAGACAGUGGGAAUCUAAUGCAGAUGAACUAAUUGAAGGAAGUUAUAUCACCACUGUUCUGGGAUUGAAAUGGGAUAAGAAAGAAGAUGUAUUGUUUUGUCAAUUGCCUAAAGAGGUUGCGGAGGAGUACAAGAUCACAAAGAGAAGAGUAUUAUCAGUGGUUUCUCAGAUAUUCGAACCAAUCGGAUAUGCUUGCCCUUCACUCCUUUUGCCAAAGCUAAUGUUGCAAGAGGCGUGGUCCAGAGAUCUCGGAUGGGACGACGAGUGGGAUGAAGAAAACCGGAUCCGAUUUGAAACUUGGUUCACAGAGAUUGACUGCCUAAGCAAGAUCCGGAUCCCUCGAAACGCGGUCCCUCGAACACCACGCCAAAGUGAAUCAUCAUUGCUUCAGAUUCACACUUUCACUGACGCCAGCCAAGGUGCAUAUGCUGCUGUCGUUUUCGCCAGAGUUGCAAAUGGUAAAGAUGUCUCAGUCCAACUGUUAGCAGCCAAAAGUCGAGUCGCACCCCUAGAUAAGAAGCAAAAGAAACGAGUUACGAUCCCCAGAUUGGAAUUAUUAGGAUGCCUCGUUGGAUCAAGAUUGACAUCCGUAGUGAAAGAAGCACUGGGUCUCGUCGACACACCCAUUCACUACUGGACAGAUUCGACCACUGCCAAAGCAUGGAUUGAGAGGGAGGCAGAUUGGGGAACUUUUGUUGGAAAUCGGGUCAAAGAAAUUGCAGAAUUGACCAGAGGAAGUAAGUGGAGACAUGUUCCAGGAACACUCAAUCCAGCGGACCUGCCAUCAAGAGGAUGUUCACCUCAAGAAUUAUUGGAGUCGAAAUGGUGGGAGGGACCGAGCUGGUUGAAAAAGGCCGAAGAUGAAUGGCCACGGUCAGCUCCACUUCCAGAAGAAGAUCAGAUUAAUUUGGAAAGAAGACGAACCGAACAUGCUGCCGUUGAGAUUCAAGUGCCAAGAUUCUCAUCGUAUUUGAAAAAUGUGAAGGUCGCAGCAUGGGUCCGUCGGUUUGUGAAUAAUGCAAGAACAAGUAAGGAAUUCCGACAGUAUUCCGUCUACCCAACAUUCAAAGAGUUACGGGAGGGUGAGAGGGACAUUGUGAGGAAAAUUCAACAGCGUCAUUAUCCAGAGAAAUUUGAAAUUAAGAAUUUGAAAGUGGAUAGAAGAGAUGAUGAACUCCUCCACGUAGACACAAGACUCCUUUAUAAAGAAGAUACGGAGGGCUUUCGACACCCAAUUCUACUCCCAAAAGAAGAUCCCUUAGUCCACCAGCUAAUAGAAUAUAUUCAUAUGGCUUACAAUCAUGCUGGAACACAAUUCGUGCUUGGAAAGUUGCGUGAACGGUACUGGAUCAUUCAAGGAAGAAAGACGGUUGGGCGAGUAAUUCAGAGUUGCACUGUCUGUCGAAGAUAUUCAGCAAAGAGUUUAGAAAGUGACCCUGCCCCAUUACCUCAAGAUAGAAUAGAAACGGUUGCUGCAUUUCAAAUCACUGGAGUUGACCUUGCCGGACCGGUGAUCCUUCGAGGAGGAGAGAAAGCCUGGAUCGUGUUGUACACUUGCGCAGUUUAUCGCGGUGUGUAUUUGGAUAUUGUCACGUCCUUGUCAAGUGAAGCUUUCCUCCACUCCCUGGAACGGUUUGUAUCCACCAUCGGUCGGCCGAAGAGGAUUUUUAGCGAUAAUGGUACGAACUUUGUGGGCGCAGUUAACCUGAUGAAGAUGAUUGAUUGGUCAAGAAUGGAAGAUGAGUUGCAGGUCAAACAGAUAACCUGGACUUUCAAUCCACCUGCAUCGCCAUGGUGGGGUGGGUGGUUCGAGCGUCUCGUAAGGUCCGUCAAGGAAAUAUUAAGGAAGAUGUUAGGGACGGCGAAGUUGUCAUUCGACGAAAUGAGGACAUGUCUCGCGGCCGUAUCCUGCACCAUAAAUGAUCGACCUCUGACGGCGUUAACGGAGGAUGGAGACGACUUAAUCGCGCUUACGCCAAAUAUGUUCAUGCGCGACCUCCCUAUCGCCUGCUUCCCAGAGGGAAAAGAAAUCGGUGCAAAUGAAUUGUGUGGAUCCUACAACAAAAUGCAAGCGAUUAAAGAAGGACUCCAAGCCCGAUUCAGAAAAGAAUAUUUGGGAAUUCUAGUUCAAAAGAAGAGUGAAACAAAGUCAAGACCACCUCAAGUUGGUGACAUUGUUCUUGUCGGGUCAGAAAACAAGAAGAGAUUUGAGUGGCCGCUAGGAAAGAUUAUGAAGCUGUUCCCCGGAAAAGAUGGAAAGAUUCGAGUUGCGGAAGUCAAGAUUUGCAAGAAUCCCCGAGGACAGAAUUUCAGUACCACUAUUUUGACUCGACCCCUGCAGCGUCUGUACCCCUUGGAGAUGCAGAAAGUUUCGGACGUGCCAACCAGCAAGAAGGAAGCCGUCAUAAGUGUUCAAGACGACGAGGUUCCAAUAAAAACUCGAGUGGGACGCCCAGUGAAACGACCCAUUCGUUAUGGAGAGUGGAACAAUUAG